GAUGGAGGAGCUCCCACCGGCGAGCGGCGUCGCGGAUGAGGAAGAAGAGAAUAAAGUGUACGUGGCGGUACCCAGAGAUUUGAAGGAAGGGAUUGAAAUGGUUCAAUGGGCGCUUCGCAAUACCUCCACCGACAACCAGAUUGUGCUCCUCCAUGUUCAUCGUCCACCUAAGCUCCUUCCAAUGAUGGGGGCAAUGGUUCCUGCAAGCAAACUAGAUGAGGAACACGUGAGAAAUUACAGGCAGCAGGAGAGAAUAAUGGCGGAGAAAUCUAUGGCUGAAUACCUUGCUCUGUGCUCAAAGUCAAAGUUUCGAGGCGAGAAGUUGGUUUUUGAGAAUGAUGAUGUUGGCAUGGGGAUCGUAGAACUUGUGGCGAGUCUCAGAAUCACAAAACUUGUCAUGGGUGCCGCUUCAAACAAAUAUUACUCAAGAAAAAUGAGAUCGCCAAAUUCCAAGGUUGCUAUCACUGUUCAACAAAAGGCACAUUUGUCAUGCAAAAUCUGGUUUGUUUGUAAGGGGCAUCUGAUAUGCACACGGGAUGAUGCCAUCAAUGAAACUUUGUCAUCAAACUACACAAAUCAGCUCGGAUCGAAAUCCUUAACGGUGCUUGAAACUGCUGUCCCAUGUAGAAGACAACCCAUGCUAAAGCUUCCAUUUUCAGCUCCCUUUAGCAUACCAACAGCUAAGAGUGGGACUAUCACAGACGGGGUUGUAAGUGAUUCAAACUGGUUAUUGCCAUCAAAUGAUAAAGUUAAUGGCAGCACUAGCACUGCAUCAAGGCACAAGCAUGAAGAUAGUGGUUCUUCAUUAAUGGAGAAUGGAGAUUUUGAUCGUGUUGUGUAUGGUAGAUUGGAACUAAUCCAAACUGAAACAGAGAACUUGAAGCAUGAGGCUUACAGGGAAACAAUCAGACGUCAGAACGCUGCGAGGAAUGUUGUGGAGGCCAAUGCUUCAAAGUUCAAACACACCAAGGAACAAAAACAAAAAGCAGAACUCCAGAAAAUACUUACAGAUGAAAUGGAGAAAAAUGAAAGGCUAAAAAAAGACCGAGAUGAAAUGUUUCUAGGACUGCCGGAGGCACGGGCGCGGCAAGCAGAAAUGGAAACCCAUGUCGCAGGUUCCAAGAGCUUGCUCAAAGAAAUUGAAGAUAAGCUUUCAGAAGCUCAGCACAACUUUGAAAAACUGAGGUUUGAGUGUGAGGAGCUAAAACAUGCACGAGAUAAUGCAGUGCGUGAAACUCAAAUUUUACGCCAAAGGAUUGGGGAGACAUCUGUUAGAGACCACGAGCAAGUUAAAUUUUCUAUUUUCUCCUUUUCUGAGCUUGAAGAAGCAACAAAAAAUUUUGAUGAUUCCCUCAAGAUUGGCGAAGGCGGAUAUGAAGUGUACAGGGGCUUUCUCCGCCACACAACGGUCGCCAUAAAGCUAUUAAAUUUGAAAGGAAUGCAAGGGAAAGAAGAAUUUCGUCAAAAGGUUGAAGUUCUCAUUAACAUGAGGCAUCCUCACCUAGUCUCACUCAUUGGGACAUGCCCUGAAGCUUUUGCACUCAUCUAUGAAUAUCUUCCUCAAGGCAGUCUUGAAGAUCGCCUCGCCUGCAAGGACAAGACAAAUCCCCUUCCUUGGGCUGUUCGUAUACGAAUAGCAGCUGAAAUCUGCUCAGCUCUCAUCUUCCUCCACUCAAAUAAGCCCCAUGGCAUCGUUCACGGAGAUCUCAAGCCCGCCAACAUUCUCCUUGAUGACAACUUUGUCAGCAAGCUUAGUGACUUCGGUAUCAGCCGACAUGUAGCCCAAUUCAACAUCACUAACACUUCCUGCUGUCAUACCAAUCCUAAAGGCAACUUAGCGUACAUGGACCCUGACUUUUUUUCCUCAGGAGAUAUUACUCUCGCCGCCGAUGUCUUCUCUUUCGGGGUUGUGCUUUUGCGCCUCCUGACCGGAAAACCUGCUUUGGGAAUCAUUAGCCAGGUUCAAGUGGCCAUCGAAAAUGAGAAACUAAACACGAUGCUGGAUGGUUCUGCCGGAAAGUGGCCUUACUUUCCGGCAAAGCAGCUAGCAGAGUUGGCCUUGAAAUGCUGCCACGCCAGAAAAAAAAGCCGCCUGAGUCUCGAAGGAGAGGCUUGGAAGGUGCUCCAGCCAAUGGUGAAAGUUAAUGAUUCUGGCAAGCUCCAUCCUUUGUCAUGUAGUUGUGCUUUAAAAAUCAACAACAUUAUUCCAUCAUAUUUCAUCUGUCCAAUCUCUCGGGAAGUCAUGAGGGAUCCACAUGUUGCUGAAGAUGGAUUCACAUAUGAAGGUGCAGUCAUAAGAAAAUGGAUUGAGAGCGGGCAGAAGACGUCGCCGAUGACAAAUCGCCAGUUUCAGCAUCAAGAGAUUAUUCCAAACCUCGGGCUUCGUUCUUUCAUUCAAGAAUGGCGACAGAUGAAUGGCUUCACUGAAUAUUUUUGAUCACUUUGUUUUUUUUUUUAAUAUUUUCACUUAUUGCUUUCAUAUCACUAAAUUUCUAUGUAAUUUCAUAUCUAAUGUCUAUACUUCAUUUCUUACAUAUAUGCCACUGAACCUGAGCAACAAAAAAGAUAUUG